AGGAAAAUCGAGAGGCGUAUUACACAAGAACCCAAGGAGCUUCACGAAGGCGCUAAAUGAUCACUUGGAUGAACAUAAGCUUCAGGAAAUUCACUAAGUUGCCAACUUAGGAAUUGCGACAGGUUUUGUGUUACUAAGUGGCAUAGGAAAAGCUUCUAUGUUACAAGCAGGCGUUGCGGGGGUUUAAAAUGCGUGGUUCUGCUGUGAAGUGUACACGAUAUUGAAGGCUCUUACGCGCGAUUGCCGCCGGAGGAGAACGAGAAGUAAAGUAUACAAGCUCUUGAAGGCCUUAACGCAAGUUUGGCGAGAGAGGAGAAGACAAGAGAAGGCAAUUAGACGCAUUUCCUAGACGCGGUACCUUCAACUCAACUAAAAAAAGGCAAAAGGACAUGGCGAGACACGAUAGGAGAAGGUAAGCGCAUGCGAAGAAGGUGCGCUGGGUAAAGAAAGAGCUUACGCCAGGGACAAUCUCAGUGCUCUAAAAAUACACCAAGCUUUCCGUUCUUUAAGGAGGUAUUAACAUCUUGACGAUAACAUUGAAUGGUUAUCUCUCAGUAAAGGAACUUGGUAAUAAUAACAACGUAAGAUUAGGAUUAAAGGGCCUUUCCCCCCUUUUUUAAAACAUCGCGUAAUUUGUCCUGUUUAUCUUGAUUGCGCUGUUGCCUCGGAUGAGCUUCAAUGAACAACGCGGGAACAUACGGGAACUUGCUGUUGAAGCUCACUGGUGACGUCAAGGGACAACAGCCUUGGACACUGUGUGCGCUUAAUUGAGAAGCACGCAUUGCUAUUGGACAAUUCGUGCGUGAUUGACGAGGAAUGCUUUAAUGAAGAUUGCCGCUUUCUCGUUAAACCUGAUUUCGACAUUUACCAAUCAGUUAGUAGUUAGCGGGGUUUCUCCUAAAAAGACAAUACACGGAACAAAGGGGGGAAAAUACAACAAAACUGGCGUUUCUUUUAUUUCAAAUCAAUGCUGAGAAACGAAAACAAGUGAUCACUGCGUAGCGUGUACUUCCAGAAAGAAAAACAAACGCUAAAACUAGCGGAAAGAAACCAGUCAGUUGUGACCUAAUGAAUUGGGGCACACUUCUGGAUAUUGAUAUUGAGGCAUUAUUUAGAUUGAAACAACGUAGUGACGUACAGUGUUAAGAUAAGAGGGCGCGCGGUGCACGGAAACGAAGAUCACCCAGGCGAGAACCACAACGAAAUAACCAGGCCAGGGGAAUAAGAGAGAAAAACUUCAACAAUUGAACACAGAGCAAAAGAUUGUCGGUCCAUGAAGUUUAUUAACGAAAACGAGAAAGUACCCAAAGGGCAAGAAGAAAAGAGACAAGAGAUAAAAACUCGUGAGAGGAAAGUAGUACGAAAAGGAGAAGACGAUUUACCGCGAGAAGUGACAUACAUUAGCGCAAGACGAUCAAGAUAUCGUUAUAAGUUUCUAUACAAAAACAAAUAAGGUGAACCAAAGGCGAAACAAGUGCAAACCAAGGCAAUCAGAUAAAUCCAAAAAAGAAAAGCUAGGUUAGCGCAAAACCGAGGCUAUCAGUAAAAAACCCUGGACUCAGGCUUAGAGUACUAAAAAUGAAUAACACGACUAACUCGAGCUACCCUGUAGGAAUGAGUUGCUCGGGUUCCGAGGUCGGCCGUGCGAUGAAGAUCCUGUUCUUUGUUAUCAUCACGGUAGGGGGAAUCGUCGGUAACGCGCUCACAAUCUGCAUCGUGUACAGAGACAAGAAACUCCGCAACACCGUGAACGCGCUCAUCGUGAAUAUGGCCAUUAGCGACCUGCUCAUCCCUCUUGGGCUAGUCAAGCAAAUCGUGAACGUCGCUCAGGGCUCAUUCGAGUGGCACGUUCCUGGCACGGGGGGCGUGGCCCUCUGUAAACUGUUCUCCUUCAUGGUGGACCUCUCCAUGCCGGUGUCGAUCCUCAGCAUGGUGUUCAUCACGUUGGACCGAUUCUAUGCUAUUGUGUUUCCGCUCAGGAUGAACUCGGGUCCAAAGAUCACCGCGAUUUUUAUCUUCACGAGUUGGGCUAUCCCUGUCGCCUUCUUCGCGCCGUAUUUGUACGGAUUUAAAAUGAAUGAUAGGGGCUACGGGCUGGAGUGUUACCUCCAGUGGGACCAGGGCUAUGUCAGGCAUCUGCGCUCGCACACCAUCUUCACUAUGUUCAUCUGCGUGAUCUACAUCAUUAUCCCUUUUAUCAUACUGGUGUUCUGCUACACAACCAUUUUAUGCGUACUUCGGCGGCAGGACCAGGGAGUCAUGGCGCGCUCCCAGCCCCGCAGAGAACGCCGCAUUCGAUACCAGAAGACCAAGAAGGUGGUUCUAAUGGCCUUGGCGAUCGUGGUGGUGUUCGGGCUCUGUUACGGCCCGUACAUAUGUCUCUUGAUCAUGUGGACAUUCGUUUAUCACUGGCGUUACAAGACAACGUGCGGAUUCGAAAAAUUCUACUUCGCAGCCCAGUUCCUCGCCAACACAAACCCCGCUCUGAAUCCUAUCAUUUACUUUAUCUUCAUCGAGAGGUUCGGGGCGGGGCUUAGAAGUAUGCUGAGGAUGAAGAAGGCGGGGUGCACCUCUGCCUCUUCUGGCAGGGAAAGGGGAGGGUCCGGCAAUGCUGGGUCGGCGGGUACGAGCACCACGAGGGCAGCCACUAAGAUAGUGUCACUGAGGAUGAGCCCUCUUCUCGCGUCAAAUUCUUAGAUAUAUUGGACGGACGCUUGGCGCUUGUCAUUUACUACGCAAAGUUCUAGGAGGAAAUGCAAGCUCUGAUGAUCUGAGGUGAGGUAAGGUGUAAGGUGAGGUAAGGUGUAGGGUGAGGUAACGUGUAAGGUGAGGUAAGGUGUAAGGUGAGGUAAGGUGUAAGGUGAGGUAAGGUGUAAGGUGAGGUAAGGUGUAAGGUGAGGUAAGGUGUAAGGUGAGGUAGGUUAAGGUGAGGUAAGGUAGGCUUAAUAAGGCCGGGGUAGGGCGGGGAAAGGCAAGGUAAGGUUAAGUAAGCUAAGGUACAAGGUUAUGCGAGGUAAGGCGAUGUAAUGUAAGGUAGAGAAAAGAUUGAGGUACAAAUUCAAGACUUUAAAAAAGAGCCGACAGUAGCCACAAGCACGUAGAAUAAUAGAGUUAUUUUCGAACCCGCUAGAAAUUCGCCUCAAGCACCAAAAGAAGAAGGCUUUUUUUUUUUCAAAAGUAGGCGCUGUGUCUAAUAUUUGUAAUUAUAUAGUUGUGAGGAAUGAUAAAAUACCACUUUAAGCCGAAUCAUGUUUACCAUAUCCAAACACAUCAGAGUGUAGCUUAGAUGCCAAACUAUAAAUACCAUUCUAUUGGAAAUUCAAAAUAUAAAUAUAAACUGAAACAUUAUUCGCUUCAUACAAAACAAGCGACCAUGUUAAAGAAAUUUGUAUUAUAACAUACGGUGAAUAAGAAUUGUAGUAAUAAUAAUAAUGAUAUCGUAGAAUGAAUCUGUUAUUGCAACACGUGUUAGCUCUGGUAUCAAGGCUAAAGGCACUUCGUAAAAGGCGAGAUGAUCUUUAAAAUAUUUAAUAAAUCCAAAGUUGUCAUUUGAGGGGAUUAUUCCAAUAAAAAAAGGAUAAAUAAUUGAAGUGCAAAAACGAACUCUGGUAUGAAGAACGUAAAUGUAGAAUAUGUACUUAAAAAUCUUUUAAAAACAUAAGCCUGUUUUAUCAUAUUCAGUAAACUUUACUUAAUAUAUUUUAUCAUACCAUAUACUUUAUAAUAUAGUAGUCCAGACUGAAAAUUCGAUUGAAAUUUGAUAAUUCACAUACAAUAAUAUAUUCAAGACACAGGGCUAGUAAACCUGUGUUUUCCUUUUUUUUCUCUUGUAAAUGCGAGAAUAAAAGAAAAUUAAAGGCUUGUUAAGGUAGAAAUGAAAUGAAAUAAAAUGCGCAGCAAAAGACGUUGUUAAUCAACUAAA